CCUUCGCACGUUUCUGUAGUCUGCUGUAAAUAACUGAAGAAAUGGAAAGAAGAAAACGAAGUUAUGGAUCUUCGGAGCAUCGACCAGAUAAAAAGCUGAGGCGUCGUAUAAUUUACUCCUCUUCUGAAGAUGAAGACGAAAUAAAGUCAUUCCAAGAACCACGUGUUGAUUCGUCGUCACGUGUUGCGACCACGCGCGACAUUUCUUCGCCGCGAGUGCGGCAAAAAACUCCACCAGCCAACACACGUGGCAAUGGUGCGUCGCGUGUGCGACUUAAUUCAACAAAUAAUGUUGCGUCACCACCAAGCAGGAGUUCAAGACCUCGCAGAAGAGUCUUAUCGCCAAUCGUCAUCGUACGUCAGGAACCGUCACCAACAUCAUCGAUAGCAUCGUCGCCAGAACGUCCAGCUCCGGCGCAAGCAGCGCUUGCUGAAACUGAGCUAAAGGAUUCAGAAGAGCUCGAUGAAGAAACUCUUCAGCUAUUAGGAAAUGCUCCUAAGGUAGACACUCCUCUUGGACCAGCGAUUCAUAAGGACAUAGCCAGUCGAUGGCAAGAUAUUCUGAGUAAAGGUCUACCAAAAGAUCAAAAAGAUAAGCUUUUAGAGGAGUAUUUGGUUCCCAGCAACUGCGAUCUCCUGCAGGCCCCGGCUCUGAACCCGGAAGCAAAAGUACCUUUAAAUGAGGUAAUGAUACGUCGUGACGUGUCCCUAAUGCAUAAGCAAAGGCAAAUUGGACUGGCAUUGUCAGCUUUAGCUACUACGAUGGAAAUGGUCGUUUUAAACGAAACGUCUAAGACAAAGCUGCUUAAACCUUUAAGUGACGCAUGCCGGAUUUUGUGUGACAGUCAUUACAUGGAAACAAAAACACGAAGAAGUUUAAUAUUAUCUUCGAUAAACACCGACCUUAAAGAAACUUUAACGGAGGUUCCACGAGACAGCAAUUUUCUAUUUGGAGAAAACGUCAGUGAAAAAGUCAAGACUGCAAAGAAUAUUCAGAGGUCUGGUGAAGUUUUAAAACAGCCACGGAAAUUCUCCAAAAAUAAUUUUUUGGCGAAACAAAAUAAAAACCGACCAAAUUUCAAGCCGGUUCACCGCAAGACGGACAACAAGUGGAACAGCGCAGACGGCGUCGACUCGAGACCAGCACGAGCGCCGCCAGCUCCUCGCCAGACGUACAGCGCGUCGCGGAACCGGAGCUACCGCGAGUAUCGCGAGCGCGACCAGCGCGACCGCUCUCCGCCGCCGCGCAGACCUUACUACCGGAGAUGAACACACAGAAACCAUCACAAUCUACACAAGACUCUAAAAUUGGUAGCCGCGAGGCUUUCCGGAAAGUACUACUGAAUAAGUCACUGUCACCACGAUCUAUUGAAAUUAUAUUAGCAUCAUUAACUAACUCGACAUAUAAGCAAUACGAUGGCUGUAUAAAAAAUUGGAUAUGUUUUUGUAAUAAACACAAUUAUAAUUAUACAUCUGCGUCAGUAUCAGUUGUAAUAGAUUUUCUCACCGAAAUAUUCGAUAAAGGGGCAAAAUAUGGUACAAUCAACUCCUACAAGUCUGCAUUGUCACUUAUAUUGGAUAAUAAACUUGAUAAUAAUCAAAUCAAACGCUUUAUGAAAGGAGUUUUCAAAUUGAGACCCACAAACCCUAAGUAUAACAUAACAUGGGACCCUAAUAUCGUUCUGUCGCAUUUAGCAAGUAAAGGGCCUAAUGCAGAUCUCGAUUUAAAAACUCUUUCCAAAAAGACUCUAACUCUGUUGGCUCUGGUUACUGCGCAUCGUGUCCAAACGUUUUCCCUUAUAAAACUGUGUAAUAUUAAUAUACAGUCUGGUAAUCAAAUUCUGAUAAAGAUACCAGAUAUUAUUAAAACUUCUAAUGUUAAUAACUUACAACCAAUUUUAAGAUUGCCUUAUUUUGAUCCACGCCCAGAUAUUUGCCCUGCAAGAUGUUUAGAGACCUAUAUAAAUAAAACACAAACACUUCGUAAUAAUGACUAUUUAUUUAUAAGCACAAAGCAGCCGCAUUCCAAAGUAACGUCACAAACACUUAGUCGUUGGAUCAAAGACACACUUAGUGAAAGCGGAAUAGACACUUGUAUUUUCAGUGCUCACAGCACAAGGCACGCAGCAUCUUCCACCGCCAACAGACUUGGAGUCAACAUUGACUUGAUUCGUAAAACAGCUGGCUGGACUGAUUCCUCCUCUGUGUUUGCAAGAUUUUAUAAUAAAGAAAUUGUCACCGAUGCCAAUCAAUUCGCAGAAUCGAUUCUUUCUUCUGCGAGAUAAAUGUAACCUGAAAUUAAAAUAAAUAGUAAAUAUUUGUACUUUUCUGAUUAUGCAUUGUUUUGAAUACAUAAAGUUCAAUUAUAAACUUAUGAUUUGAUAUACUUGCCUUAUUUUGAAACACCCUCUGCACAUUUUAUUUUUGCUCUGAACAUCCUACAAUAUGUAAACAAUAAAUCGCAAAGAAUGAAGCUGCGAAACAUAAUUAAAAAUCAAACGAACUUACCAAGUGAAGUUCGAUGAUAAUUAUGUGAGCAGCUUCAUUCGACGCGAUUUACACACACCCUCCCGUUAUACAUGAAAAAUCAAAUGUAUACAUACCCACCCCAAUUUAUAUUAAAAUGUGCAGUGUUCCUACAUGUAAAAUUUAAACGAAAUGAAGCCACGGGUACUGGCAACCCGCCUGACUGCAAUGGCGGAGUGGGG